CAGCCGCAGGAAAACAUAACACCAUCAUCAUCGUCCAUCAGCUCUCUACAGCCAAAUCGAAUGCGCGACUUCGAAUUCUACGAUUAACUCCGGUAGAUCCCAUCGUGACGACGUGAAUUUCUUGUCAAGAGCUGCGAGCUAGGCUCGAAGCGCAAUGCUUCGCGCGAUGACGCGCCUGCUCAAGCCGUCCACGGUUUUGGCAUGUGCGACCCGAGAGACCGACAGCAAAGUUCGCGCACUUCACAUGUCGGCUGUGCUGCGGAUGUUCAUCCAGACCCGAGAGACCCCGAACCCGAAUUCCUUGAAAUUCCUGCCGGGAGUCAAAGUUCUUGAGGAAGGUCAAGGUAAAGAUUUUCCGAACAUAACCACCGCGAGGAACAGUUUACUCGUGAGACAGUUGUUCGCUAUCCCCGGAGUGGACCGUGUCUUCUUGGGUCCGGACUUCAUAACAGUGACAAGAUCCGAUGACGCUUUGGAGUGGACAGCCCUGAAAGCGUCGAUAUACGCAACAAUGAUGGAUUUCUUCAGCUCCGGACUACCGAUAUUCGAGACCAGCGAGCCUGUGGGAGAUUCAGGCGGCUUGUCCAACGUCGACUUCGAAGAGAAAGAUCAACAGACUACCGCUAUGAUCGCGGAGCUCAUAGAUUCGCGUAUCCGACCGACUGUCAUGGAAGACGGCGGGGACAUUGUCUUGAGGGCAUUCAAAGAUGGAAUCGUAGAACUCGAACUUCAGGGAUCAUGUACGAAUUGCCCAAGUUCAUCGGUCACGUUGAAGGCUGGUAUAGAGAAUAUGCUGAUGUUCUACGUUCCUGAAGUUAGAGGUGUCAAAGAAGUUCUAUCCAAAGAGGACGAGUUGUCGCAUAAAGAGUUCCAAAAACUCGAGGAAAAGAUCCGUACGAAGCCUCCUCCAGAGUAGAUGAUAAGCUAAUUUUGUUGACAGAGCCAUGUUCAACAAUGAUUCAUGUUCUGAUCGCAGUCGAUGAUCGAGAGGUUUCUAUGCACAGAUAGACGUCCCUCCAAUGAAAUGAGAGAACUGACCUGUAAUAAAUGAGAGGGUUGGAAUAA